AUGGUUCACGUCGAUGGACCUGGCGGAGUCAAGCUGCCGGUCACGCUGCUGAGCGGCUUCCUGGGUGCUGGCAAGACGACCUUACUGACACACGUCCUGAACAAUCGUGAAGGCAUCCGAGUGGCCGUCUUGGUGAACGACAUGGCAUCAGUGAACAUCGACGCACAGCUUCUGCAGGACAGUGUUCAGUUCCACGAAAGUAAAGACAAGAUGGUCGAGCUCCACAAUGGCUGCAUCUGCUGCACGCUGCGGGAAGACCUGAUUGAGAAUGUGCGCUCACUGGCGCUGGAGGGGCGGUUCGACUAUCUUCUGAUCGAAAGCACAGGCAUCUCUGAACCCAUGCCUGUUGCAGCCACCUUUGCAGCAACAGAUGCCGCUGGAGUUCCGAUGCUGGGUGGCGUCGCAGAGCUGGAUACGCUGGUGACCGUCAUUGAUUGCCUGAACUUCCUCAAAGACUACCAUUCGCAGGAGAAGGCCAUCGAUCGGAAUGAGUUGGGAGCCGAAGAGACAGACCAACGGAGCAUCGUGGAUCUGCUGGUCGACCAGGUCGAGAUUGCCAACGUCCUCAUUCUGAACAAGACCGACCUGGUCUCUGCCAAGGAGCUGGAGCGCCUGAGGGGUAUCUUCAAGAAGCUGAACCCAAGUGCUCAGCUGAUCGAGAGCCAGUUCGGUGCUGUGCAGCCGAAGCUUCUGAUGAACACGCGCAGCUUCGAUCUGGAGGGUGCCAGCUCCCUCCCGGGCUGGGUGGCGGAGCUCCAGGGCCGGACUUCUCCGCACAAGCCGGAGACCGAGGAGUUUGGCAUCUCGAGCUUCAUCUACCGAAGGCUGCGCCCUUUUCACCCGGACCGGCUUGCCUCUCUCCUCGACGGCCGGACCUUCCCAGGCGUCCUCCGAUCGAAGGGAUUCCUUUGGUCGGCGAGCCAGCACGCCACAUCGCUGGAGUGGAGCCAGGCUGGUUCCGUCAUGUACCUGACCGAGGGAUAUGCCUGGCAACAGCUCCAGCUGCCGCCGCUGCCCAAGGAUCGACUGAGGGAGGACAAAUACUGUGGCCGCCGACAGGAGCUGGUCUUCAUCGGUGUCGACAUGCAGCAGGACGACAUCUGCAAGGCGCUGGACGAGGCGCUGGUGACGGAAGAGGAGUUCUCUGCUGGUCCCGCGGCGUGGGCCGGUUGGAGGAAAAUCGCCUUGAGCCAAAACCAUCACAACCACAGCCACGCCGGUCAUGACGAUCACAGCUGCGCGAAGUCGGAUGAGGUGGCAGAGUGGGCGAGCAUGAUGCGCGACUGGUUCCCUGAGGUCGUCGACCCUGAGAUCCUCCAGAAUCCCGAGGCGUCCAUUGCCAAGCUCAGCGAAAGGGAAAUCCGGGCCGCCUUGGCGCUGCGCUCGGUCCCUGUCAGCAAGGACGACGACCGCAAAGUGCUCGAGGAGCUGCUCCGACCUCUGUGGUGA